GCUUCCUAGUGGGCUAUUCUUGGUAUCAGCUUACCGCUUAUGUGCGGAGACGGGUAUAUAUUGCUUGUGGGCCCAGCUGGUUGUGGAGGAAGGAUCAAGUCGAACAACGUCGUUCUCUGAAGAUACCCACUUCUACAGACGCUACACUCGUUACAACACAAUAUAGACAAGCAUGAAGACUACUCUCUACACGCUCGCUGCUCUGGUCUCUGCCUUGACGGCUCAAGCCAUCAUGGUCACCUCCCCCAACCAAUACACAGUCUGGUCCUCUGCCGCUAACUCCUCCACCGCAAUCACCUGGACAUCCGUCUCCACCGACCCCUCAACCUUCGACAUCUACCUCGUCGACAUGACCUCCUCCCCCUCCUACUCCUCCCUCCUCCCCCUCCUACUCCUCCCUUCUCGCUUCCGACGUGAGCACGAUGGGAACUUGCAUACUGGGGAGACCGUGCAGGUCAACUUCGUGGCACUGGGGAAGCCGGAACAGAUCUAUGCCCAGAGUGGACAGUUUGAUAUCGUUGAGGCGGCGGCUGCGGAGAGUUCUUCGGCGGCUGCGUCAAGCACCAGUGCCACUGCGAGUGCUUCUUCCACUUCUGCCUCCGCUUCGUCUACCAGUGCUGCUGCCUCCGGGAGCGCGAGUGCCUCAUCUGCUAGGUCAGUCGAUGCCUCUUCCUCCUCAAGUGCAGCCGCUGCCGUCGCUUCUUCUGCUUCCGGUUCUGCUACCUCGAGUAUGAGGAGUGCAGCUUCGUCCAUCUCUCGUGCUGCCGCUUCUGCCUCUGGAUCUGGAUCCGCCGCUGCUGCUUCUGCUUCGGGAAGUGCUGUGGCGUCUACUGGUGCCGGUGUCUCGAAUGUGAAGAUGUCUGGGGCUGCGUUGUUGGGGAUGGGUGUUGCUGUCAUUGCUGGUGGUGCUCUCGUCAUGUAAAUUGACGAUACCGGUUGGAAGUAAUUCGCAUUUUCGGUGCUGGGGCGCUCGACACAUCGGUUAAAGCCCGGUUUUAUUUGGUUUAAUUUGAUUGGUGAUCAUUUGGAAGGAGAUGGU